AGCCUGCAGUGUUACACUGCGACUCUACGUCUGCUAUGAUAAACAGAUAGCAUCAUUUUUCUCAAGACUUUUAACGGUAUAUUGACAAAUUUCUGAUUUGAACAAGUUCUUCACUCCUCUCGACAAAGAAAAUAAAGAUGAUAUCAAGCUCAACAAAAGCGUUUCUUUGGUCUCUUAUAAUCCUGUCUAUUUGUGGGCAAAUAGUAAAUGGAAAUGACGACAUAUCAAUCUGCAAGAAAAGCUUAGAGACACUAAAGGAUAACGUGGAAGAAUGGAUGGAAACCUGCGUUGAUAAAGAUGGCAAUGACGAUAACACAACUGCAUGCAAGGAAGUAAAACAAUACAACAAAGAAAUGAUGCAAAUGCAAACAGAAAUGUGUUUUUACGAAGAAUUUUAUCCAAAGCCAUAUUUGAUUAUUAUGAGCUUUGAUAAAGUAUACACUGUCGAUUCUAUUACUGGAGAUAUUCAUGUCAGCUCUAUUAAUGGAUCCAGUAAGAAUAAAUUUGACCAUGCAUCAAGAUAUAAUGACAUCGAAAUUGAUGUAGUUGAGAAUGUGCUUUACUACAUUGAUGACAAAGACAUCAAACGAGGAAAUUUUGACUUGACUAGAAACGAAAUUUUGCGAAAAAUGUUUCUGCUCGUGAUAUUACAGUUGACUGGAUUGGUCGUCGUAUCUUUUACAUUGACUCCACAAACAUUAUCUACCAAAUUUGUUUGA